CGACAAUACGGCCCGUAACUUUACCGAGUCGUUACCACCUCAACGUAAUCCACCGGCAGCUCCUCUUCCCGAUCUUUUUCCCGCUCUCUCUCCCUCUUCUUCUUCUUUCCUUUCCUCUCCUCAUCCGCUUCUCCCCGCCUACUUUUUUGCCGUUUCUUUGACUUCUCUCCCGGGGUAGCUGGAGGCAUUGAUCAAAAUGAGUGCUCUGUCGUCCGAGAAUAUCAAUGGGGUCUACAUUCCCUCCGCCCUCCUGGUCUUUGGCACCUUCAUUGUGAAGCAAGAAUAUGUUCCCUACGCGGUGGCCUUGGCUGCUGUGUUGGCCGGGUGGAAGCUGUUCAGUGGCAACCAAGCCCGGAAGGUCCUGAACCCCACCGAGUUCCAGGAUUUCGUGUUGAAAGAAAAGAACCUCAUCUCCCACAAUGUCGCCAUCUACCGCUUUGCUCUGCCCCGCCCCACAGAUAUCCUGGGUCUGCCCAUCGGCCAGCACAUCUCGCUGGCCGCCACCAUCGACGGCCAGCCCAAGGAGGUCGUGCGCUCCUACACCCCCAUCUCCUCCGACAACGAGGCCGGAUACUUCGAUCUCUUGGUCAAGGCCUACCCCCAGGGCAACAUCUCCAAGUACUUGACCACCCUGGAGGUUGGCCAGACCAUGAAGGUGCGCGGUCCCAAGGGCGCCAUGGUGUACACUCCCAACAUGUGCCGCCAUAUCGGUAUGAUUGCCGGCGGUACCGGUAUCACGCCCAUGCUUCAGAUCAUCAAGGCCAUCAUCCGCAACCGACCCCGCAACGGUGGCAACGACACCACCCAGGUUGACCUGAUCUUCGCCAAUGUCAACCCCGACGAUAUCCUGCUCAAGGAGGAACUCGAACAGCUUGUCAAGGAGGACGACGGCUUCCGUGUUUACUACGUGCUGAACAACCCCCCCGAGGCCUGGACCGGCGGCGUUGGAUUCGUCACUCCCGAUAUGAUCAAGGAGCGCCUCCCUGCCCCCGCCAGCGACAUCAAGAUCCUCCUCUGCGGUCCUCCUCCUAUGGUCAGUGCAAUGAAGAAGGCCACCGAGUCCCUGGGAUACACCAAGGCUCGGCCUGUCAGCAAGCUCGAAGACCAGGUCUUCUGCUUCUAGAUUAGAAGAGACGGAUACGGUAGGCUGCCUAGGCCUGUUUUACGUGAAAAGAUGGACAUAGAAGAAGAUCAUUGCCCACCGACAGUGACCUUGCUAUGCUAGACGUGACAUGAGUUGUUAUACUUCAUCCCGAGGCUUUCUGAUGCUUGUAGAUGUGCGGGAUAGAUACUGAUAUUAUAUUGAUUCGGAAGAACCGAUCGCGACUUGAUGAUUCAUAUACAGGUA